AUGACACUUUACAUGCCAUUAUUCAGGUCAUGUUCAACCUUAAGACAUCUCAGUCAGCUCCAUUCUCAUCUUCUAACAACUGGCCUUCACAAUGACCCACUUGCCUCCACUAAGCUCAUCGAAUCCUAUUCCCAAAUGGGUUCCCUCCAAUCUUCAAGACUCGUUUUUUACACAUACCCAUCUCCCGAUUCCUUCAUGUUUGGUGUUCUCAUCAAAUGUUACCUUUGGAAUCACUUGUUUGACGAAAUCCUUUCUCUUUACAAUCAUCACAUUCAUAUGGGUUCUUCUCACCUCACUCGUAAUUCCAGUUUUUUGUAUCCUUCUCUUAUAAGGGCUGCUUCUGGUGUUGCUGACUUGGUUACUGGAAGAAAGUUGCAUGGGAGGAUAGUUAAGUCUGGGUUUAGCGAGGAUAGUGUUAUUGGAACAUCUUUGCUUGGAAUGUACGGGGAAUUAAGUUGUUUAUGUGAUGCUAAGAAGGUGUUUGAUGAAAUGUGUCUGAGAGAUUUGGUUUCUUGGAGUUCUGUUGUUUCGUGUUAUGUUGAGAAUGGGGUUUAUAGAGAGGGAUUGGAAAUGUUUCGUUCCAUGGUUUUAGAGGGGAUUAGACCUGACUCGGUUACGUUGCUUAGUAUAGCUGAGGCUUGUGCUAAAACUGGUUGCUUGAGGUUGGCUAAAUCGGUUCAUGGAUAUGUGAUCAGAGAAGGUAUGAUUGGUGAUGGUAGUUUGAGUAAUUCUCUUGUUGUUAUGUACAGUCAGUGUGGUUACUUGUGUAAAGCGAAAGGGCUUUUUGAAUCUCUUGUUGAUCGGAGUACUUCUUGUUGGACUUCUAUGAUUUCGUCGUAUAAUCAAAAUGAGUGCUUUGAAGAGGCAAUAGGUGUUUUUAUUAAGAUGCAAGAUUCAGAGGUGGAACCCAAUGAAGUGACAGUGAUUAGUGUUUUGAGUUCCUGUGCUAGAUUAGGUUGGUUAAAAGAAGGAAAAUCAGUUCAUUGCUUUGUUUUGAGGAAUGCAAUGGAUGCUGCUGAUCUUGAUCUUGGGCCUGCACUGAUAGAUUUCUAUGCAGCAUGCUGGAAAAUAAGUAGUUGCGAAAAACUUCUUCAUUUAAUAGGAAACAGCAACGUUGUGUCGUGGAAUACGCUCAUAUCAUUUUAUGCUCGCGAGGGUUUAAACGAUAAAGCCAUGGUACUCUUUGCGCAUAUGGUGGCAAAGGGACUAAUGCCAGACUCAUAUAGCUUAGCAAGUUCAAUUUCAGCAAGUGCAAGUGCCGGUUCGAUACAAUUUGGACAACAGAUACAUGGUCAUGUCACGAAAAGAGGUUUCUUCGACGAAUUUGUUCAGAACUCUUUGAUGGAUAUGUAUUCAAAAUGCGGCUUUGUGGAUUUGGCAUAUACAAUUUUUAACAAGAUCAGGAAGAAAAGCAUUGUGACAUGGAACUGUAUGAUUUGCGGGUUUUCUCAGAAUGGCGUUUCAUUAGAAGCACUCAACCUAUUUGAUGAGAUGUAUGAAAACUGCCUCGAGAUUAAUGAAGUAAGCUUUUUAAGUGCAAUUCAAGCUUGCUCCUCUUUGGGUUAUCUUGAUAAGGGAAAAUGGAUUCACCAUAAGAUCAUCGUAACCGGUAAUCAGAACGAUGUUUAUAUCAAUACAUCUUUGGUAGACAUGUAUGCAAAAUGCGGAGACCUUCAAACAGCCCGAAGAGUUUUUGAUAGCAUACUCGAGAAAAGUGUGGUGUCAUGGAGUACCAUGAUUGCUGCUCAUGGCAUACACGGUCAAAUAAACGUUGCUAUCUCACUCUUCACUAAAAUGGUUAGCUCGCAUAUCAAACCAAACGAAGUAACCUUCAUGAAUAUCUUAUCUGCCUGCAGGCACGCCGGAUCCGUUGAGGAAGGAAAACUUUAUUUCAACUCUAUGAGGGAUUAUGGCAUAGUGCCCAAUCAAGAACACUUUGCCUCCAUAGUUGACCUUUUAAGUCGUGCCGGUGAUAUCAAUGGGGCAUAUGAAAUAAUCAAAUCGAUACGCAUGCCGGUAGAUGCUAGCAUAUGGGGAGCUUUGCUUAAUGGAUGUCGAAUACACAGGAGGAUGGACGUGAUUGAGAACAUCGGUGAAGAACUUGGACGAAUAAGUACAGAUGAUACAGGUUACUAUACUUUGUUAUCCAACAUAUAUGCUGAAGGAGGAAAAUGGUAUGAAUCAAGAAAGGUGAGAUCAAAGAUGGAAGGAAUGGGAUUGAAGAAGGUACCUGGUUACAGUACAAUUGAGAUAGAUAGGAAAAUAUAUAGAUUUGGAGCUGGAGAUACUUCUGAGUGGCAAAUGAAAGAAAUUUGCACAUUUUUAGAAAAUUUUCAAAGCUUGACACAAGAACAAGGAUGUGAUGUGGAAUGCUAUAUGUAUAAUAAUAGUACUAAGGCUGUUAUGCUGUUUGAUGAUUUUAGUUUUUAUAACUUGCAGAGAGAAGCAAGCAAUUGCAUUGGGAAUAAAUCAGUCCUACUUUAG